CGACUGCGGAACCCAAAGUACCCAACUUGCGCGGUACCUACUGGUACCUAUACGUCGGGUUUUAAAUUACGCUCGACUACUAUCCGCGUAGUAAUAGGCAGUUUUCCGAAACUUUCGAUUGUUUUUUACAUUCCCGUUUUAACGUGCGAGAAAUAAGACUGAGGUUCCGCGCCGGGAGGGGCGAAAUUGACGAAAAUCUAACGGAUUCAGCUCCGGGGAUGUUCACGUGAAAGCGGACGGCGGCGCGCUCGCAACGAUGGCUUCCGCCAUGAGGCUCCUGUUCAGGGCGCUGAGGAUCUACUGGAAGUCGAUAUUCAUCGUCGUCUACCCCAUAGCUCUCCUCCCCGUCUUCGUGUUCGACAACGAGCCGGCGUUCAGGUGCCUCUACGUCGUCCUCCUCAUGGCCGGCUACUGGGUCUUCGAGGCCUUACCCCUGCCGGUAACCUCCCUCAUCCCGAUGGUGCUUUUCCCGCUGAUGGGCGUGCUCGACUCCGAUAAAGUCUCCCUCUGCUAUCUCAAAGAGACCAAUAUGAUGUUCGUCGGUGGCUUGGUGAUAGCGAUCGCGGUCGAACACUGCCACCUCCACCGUAGGGUGGCCCUGCACGUGAUUCAGCGGGUAGGCUGCAGCCCGAGGAGGCUCAACUUGGGACUGGUGACGGUCACCAUGUUAGUGUCGAUGUGGAUCUCGAAUACCGCCGCCACCGCCAUGAUGAUCCCGAUCGUCGAAGCGACCCUCAUCGAGCUUGAAGAACAGGGCAUCGGGGAAAUGUUCGAAACGCCCAUAGACUUGGACAGCGACAUAUCGAAGGAGGAAAAGGAGGAGAACGAGAUCCGGAGGCCCACCAAGACCACCAUGUGCUAUUUCAUAUCGACAUCGUACGCGGCCAGUAUCGGCGGCAACGGCUGCAUCAUAGGCAGCGGUACCAACCUUACGUUCAAGGGAAUCUACGAGGCAAGGUUCGACAAGAGUCCCGGCGUGGAGUUCGCCAAGUGGUUGUUCCUAAACGUGCCCCUCAUGCUGAUCAUGAUGUACCUGACGGUCGUCUGGCUUCAGUUUUGGUUCAUGGGACUGUUCAGGCCCAAUUCAAGGGACGCGAAGAAGAUAAAGGUCGGCACCCAGGGCGAGUUGGUCGCGCGGAAGCUAAUCGGCAGAAAGAUCGACGAGAUGGGGCCGAUGUCGUUUCACGAGAAGGCGGUCGCCGCGCUUUUCGUCCUCUCGGUGCUGCUGUGGUUCUUCAGGAAGCCCCAGUUUAUCACCGGCUGGGCGGAGAUGAUCACACAACACAAGGUCAAAGACGCGACCGCCGCCCUUAUUGUCGUCCUCCUCCUGUUCGUGAUCCCCUCCCAUCCGAAUUUCGUCUACAUAUUCAGCAAGGACGAGGCGAAACGUCCGAAAAUCGCAUCCCCCGCCCUCCUCACUUGGAAAAUCGUGCAGCAGAAGUUGCCGUGGGGUUUGAUAUUUCUGCUCGGGGGCGGAUUCGCGCUCGCGGAAGCCUCCAAGGCGAGCGGCAUGAGCGAAAUGAUCGCCAACCACCUCCACGGGUUCGCGAUGUUGCCGCGAUUCUGGAUCAUGGUGAUAGCGAGCUUGUUCGCCACACUGCUCACCCAGUUUUCCAGCAACGUCGCCGUCGCGAACGUGGUGUUGCCGGUACUGGCGGAAAUGUCCUUGGUCGCCAGAAUCCAUCCCAUGUAUUUGAUGAUGCCGGCCGCUCUUUGCUGUUCGUUCGCCUACUGCUUGCCCGUGUCGACGCCGCCCAACGCGAUCGCCGCCGCCCCUUGCAACAUGUCGUCGACGGACAUGGCCAAAGCAGGUCUCGGGGUGGCCAUAAUAUCGAUUCUCACGCUGUUUUGCGUGUUUCCGUUGUUGGGGCCCCUUAUCUGGGAUCUCAACACGUUCCCCGACUGGGCAUUGGCGUAAAUGUGACGAUUUUACGCGUAAUGUCACCUUAGUUUAGGAAGGACACGUUCGAGUUGAAAGUGUUGUGAUCUAGAAGAUUAUUUCGUAUUUUAAAACGGGCGAUAAAAGUCAAGGAAACAAUUAAUCUUAAGUUCCAACCUCCUGCUGGAUAUUUAUUUUAUCCGCUCAAAUUUUUUCGUUAUUAUACGACCAAAUUGUGAUAUAAAUUCGGACAAUAAAGUAUUUC